AUGGCAGAAGUCGACGAAACCAGUGUCAUACCUGAAGCAGACGAGCCCCUUUCGUCGUUUGGACUAUCUUUAUCUCCUGGUGAAAUCGACUCCGAAUUCAGAACGCAAAAUGCCUCGCCGGAAGACUUUGAGCGACGCAACGUUAUUGAGCGAACUCAAACGGCGAUCGAUAUCCGAUGCGACCUCAUGGAAGUGUCUCACGGCUGGCUACAGGAAUCGAGAGAUGAUGAGUACGCAACGCUGAUGGUCCUCCGCUUCCGCUUCGACCCUCAAAAGACUUCUCGACGACUGCGUCGUGUCCGGAUCAACAUAGAGUUCCUCUCGUCAUCAGCCGACCGUGACGCGCCCGAGGUUUUUGCCAUUGCCCCGGAAGAGCGCUGGAGUGUGGCGCCCACGGUUGAUCAGGAAGAAGUUGUUCGGGGCGCGGAGCUCCAUGUGGCCGCGUCUGGCAUUCCAUUUGUGGAUGGUGGGGUGAACGCCAAGCUGGAGAAGACCGUCACUCGCGACUUGAGCGAUGCGACAACCGUUACGGGUUCCAUCAAUCUGGGAGAGGGGAGGAACUCGGGCCUAUCGACAUGCGCUGUGUGGACUCUCCUCGAGAAUAGGCGGCGCGAGACCGGAGUGCCAGACACACUCCGGGUCGCUAUUCUCUUGAAGCGAGAGGACGAGGAGCCGUACAAGGCCAUGGUCACAUUGGAGGCCGAGGCGGACCUUGCCACUAAGCUAGGGUCGUUCUUCCGCUUCAGCGCCAAGCAGCCGCUGGAUGAUCCGAUUCUCUUCAAUCCGCGAUGGGAGCCUAAGAAACCACGGAAGGGGCGAAGCCGGGACGUUGAGAAUAUUGGCGAUAUGGAUUUAUAUUCUCGUUGCGAGGUGCGGGUGGCGCCCGAGGUCUUUUUUUUAAGAGGCCGUCACGAGCUACCGUAG